AUGAGUGAAAAAAACAAUUCACCCGCAAUUUCUACACGCAGGAAUAGCCUAUUCCCUGCUGAUGUUUUAGAAGUUGCUUAUGCAAUUGGAGAUAAUCAGCAUAGAAAAAGAUUAAAGAAUAGUGUUGGAAAUUUAGAUACUUUUGAAUCAGCCCCUGAUAUGAUAAAUUCAACACAACUUAUCAACCAUUUUACAAUAAGAUAUGAAGAUCAAGAUCCCGUCCCAGAAUAUUUUCAACAAGUGUUUAACUCAGAAGAUGGUUUUGAUGAUCAAAUAUGUUCCUUAUUGGAAUCAAACUCAAAAAUACUUUACGAAUCUCGUAUUUUGUGUUCUUUAUGCGAUUCUAAUCUCGAAUUACCGUUUUGUGCUGAUGAUUCCACUAAGUUAAAAACUUAUGAAGAGCAGCAGCCAGAUACUAGAGAAUUAUUCGAAGAACUGAUAUUUCCUAAUUCUACUCCAAAAAGUGAAAUUGAUCUCAAGAAAAUUUUCCCUUUUGUUCUUCCUAAAUACAAACAAUGGAAAAACUUACAAAAAUCAUAUCGGAUCAUUCCGAACGCUGAGCGCCUUGAUAACAAGCUUAAUUUCAUGGACUUUAUCGGAAAUACCUCUUAUAAGUGCAUCAUGAUUUCCAGUCAGUCUGGUCAUGGGAAAGCUCCUGGAAGAGUGGUACCUUCAUCAAUUCCAGAAUCAACUCUCUAUAUGUCUCAAGAAAUUGAUUUAAUUAGUAUUGAUGAUGUAAAAUGCCACAGAACAGAAAUAAAUCCUGCUAAAGAUAAGCACAGAACAAUUAACGCUGUUGCUAAAGAGAGAAUGCGCAUUUCUCGCAAAAUGAAAACAAUGAUGGACGUUCGAGAGCUUGUUUACUAUCCGUUCUAUACAUUUAACGGUCCUUUGAAUACAGAAAUACAGCCAUUUCCAAAUGACUCUCUUCGCUUGCUGUUUUCUGUCAUACAUGCAAUUGAGCUGAAUAUUGACGAAUUGGACACACGAUAUAUUCCAAUAUCAUAUAGCUUGGGCCAUUUCAUUCCAUUUCUUAAAGCAGCUCUUGCUCAUCCAGAGAUGGAAUACCACAUAAUUUGUUCUUCAGCUCAUAUUGGCUUUUUCUUCGAACUAUCAAAUGCAUUAAACAGUAUAUCCAACUAUCUCCACAUGAUAGACUUCAUUCCUCUCAGAGCAGCCUUUUAUUUGUCAGAUAAGUUCAACACAAGAAAAAUCCUUAUUUACAACACUGAAAUUGCCAGGUUUGCAAAUUCAGUUGAGACAGGUGCGUUCUUGUCUAUUCCGAUUCGCUGCCUUCAGUGCGCGUCUUCGCUCCACUCCCUCCCGAUCAACUUGUCGGUCUACCAGAGCGCAAUUGACUUUAUCAGUGGCCGCAAAUCGAGGCCCAGCAUUGCCGGCCUGGAGCAGCUUCGGCUCUACAAAGUCAGAUUCUGUAGAGAGGAAGACCAAAGAGUUCACAUUUCAGUUUUUCCUCUGUCGCACCACAGUCAUGACCAAACAGUCGUACCCAGCUACUGGCCGCUAUUCAAUAAGCUCAGAAAUCCCUACACUUUCUCUCCAAGGCCAACUGUAUUCAACAAUUCGCUCAGUUUCACGGUCAGAAACGUGAAAGACCCUGACGUAGAGUCUCCACUUUCAUUUACACCCGGAUCUUCAUCAUUUAUGUUUGUUAUUUAA